GUAGGUGCGUUGCAUGAGUUUUUCCGUUUAAAACGUGCAACAUUGCUAUUGCUGGUUGUCUUUACUGCCGUGUGCUCUCAAGACAAAAUGGAUUUCGAUUUGGCUUCAGCUGUGGGUAAAGAUGAUCAGGUGAAAAAGGAUGAUGCCUCUGGCCAGGAACAGAAUGCCCUAUUUGGAUGGGGGAAGAAGAAGGACAAAGAUGGGGAUAAGUGUGUGUCCAAGGACAAAUCAAAGGACCAUGACAAAUCGAAGGACCGUAAGGACCAUGACAAAUCGAAGGACUGUAAGGACCAUGACAAAUCAAAGGACCAUAAGGAGGAUAAAGACAAGUCUAAGGAACAUAAAGACAAGAAACAUGGUGACAAGAAGGACAAAGGUCAUAAGAAGAAAGACAAGAAGCCCAAGGAGCAUAAGGGCAAAGAUGAUGGGUCAUCAUCUUCCUCGUCCAGCAGCGAUGAGGAUGAAUGCAAGAAGAAACAUCACUGAUUCUGGUGCUGUGAGGAAGUGCUACUGCCAGUGAACUCUUACAAUGUUUUGUACUGCAAUGUUGCCUGCAUGAUAUUUACUGUGUACUGUUUCCUUGUUCCUGAUCAUGUGUUGAUGUGCCAGACUGUAAAGUAGUGGUUUUACAACAGGACAUUAAAUAACACAACAACCAGGAUGUAUGGUGAUUGUCAGCCUUUUUUCACUUCUUUCCUCCCUAGUAAAAAGUGUAAUGUC